CCAAGCUCUCUCAUAUUCCAAUUUCCAACCUUUCUACUUCUUGAGUAAAUUAAACUAGUUGCCAUAUUACCAUCACCAUGGUCAGCGAAAAAAAAAGGCCAGUCGAGGAGGUGUCUGGUUGGCUAAGAGUCUUUGAUGAUGGCUCUGUCGACCGGAGGUGGACUGGACCUCCUGAGGUUCAGUUCAUGGUGGAGCCUGUGGAAGCCCACGAUGAAUUUAUCGACGGAGUUUCCACAAAAGAUGUGGUUGCCGACAAAUCAUCUGGCCAUCGUGUCCGAAUAUAUUUACCAGAGCGAAAGCCGGAAAAUAAUGACACCAAGCUACCAAUAAUCCUCCAUUUCCACGGAGGUGGCUUUUGCAUAAGUCAAGCUGAUUGGUACAUGUACUACCAAAUAUACACUAAACUAUCUCGCUCCACGAAUGCCAUUGUAAUCUCUGUCUAUCAGAGGCUCGCACCGGAGCACCGUCUCCCGGCUGCAAUCGAGGACGGCUAUUCCGCUCUCCUUUGGCUCCGGUCAUUGGCUCAAGGCGAGCAAAACGAGCCACUCCUCAGCCAUGCAGACUAUAACCGUGUGUUUCUUAUUGGAGAUAGCUCCGGAGGGAACAUAGUCCACCAUGUGGCGGCUCAAUCAGGGACUGCGGAUUUGAGUCCCUUAAGACUUGCCGGCGCGAUUCCAAUCCACCCCGGUUUCGUUCGAGCGGAGCGGAGUAAGUCGCAGUUGGAGCAGCCUCAGUCACCUUUCCUUACCCUAGAUAUGGUGGACAAGUUCUUAGGGUUAGCCCUUCCAGUGGGGUCCACCAAGGACCAUCCCAUAACUUGUCCGAUAGGUCCCGAGGCCCAACCGUUGGGUAAUCUGAAGCUUCCGCCGUUCCUUCUCUGCAUUGCUUCCAGGGACUUGAUCAUAGACACGCAAAUGGAGUACUUUGAGGCCAUGAAGAAGGCCAACAAGGAUGUGGAGCUUCUAAUCAACGAGGGGGUGACUCAUAGCUUUUAUCUGAACAAGAUUGCUGUCGACACGGACCCGGAAACUGACGCCGAAACUGAGCGUCUGAUUGCAGGGAUCAAACAGUUUAUCAAGAACCACUAAGAUUGAAGGCGUCGCCCUUCUCAGUUUUUAUAUAAUUAUGGGUGUUGGUAACGAUUUUUUUUUUUUGGUUUGUUUGUUCUUCCGGUUAAUGCUGCCAAAUAUGUUUUUCAGAUCCGCAUACAGUAGUGGGGGAUCGCAUGGAUAAGAUGAGAUGAGAUAUUGUUGGAACAUUAUUGGCUUCCAAACUUUAGUUUUUCUGUUCUUGUUUUUUUUUUUAUUGUAGUGUUUAAUACCCCAAAGCGUGUCUUAUGUUCUUUUUCUUUUUUGUUAUGCCUUGUGAUUGUUUUCAGACUGCGAAUAUCUUUAACAAAAUUACCUAUGUGUUCAUGAUUC